AUGGAUAAAAAUAAGAAGAAGAACAGUCUUAAUGGAAAAUAUAAAAAGAAUGGCAAAGUAGACAACUACGAUGACGUCAACACAACUUGUUGCUUUUGCAUUAAAACUAAAAAGAGCAAGAAGAAAAGUUUGAUAGCUGGAUGCGUAACUAAUCUAGGAAUAUUUGUAAUACUCCUAAUAUACACAUUAGUGGGGGCUUUUAUUUUCCUAGCAAUUGAGGGUAGUGCCGCAAAAGUCCACCAAAAGACUUUAGCGACCACUUCAUACCAUGUCAAUGAAAAUAGGAAAUCAACACUACCCAAAGUAAAUGGUACUAUUACGCAAGUCAGUGCAGAAUUGAGAUCACAGACAGUGGAAAGCAUCUGGGAAAUUACAGUUUCCUUGAAUAUUCUCUAUAAAGAAAAUUGGACGAGACUUGCCGCUCAGGAAAUUGCGAGGUUCCAAGAAAAAUUAGUAGCUAGGGUUGCUGCCGAUGUUUCUGAACAGUAUGGAGUUAGAGCUUUAGAAUCAGCACCGGCUUAUAUUUCAGAUGAUUAUGAAUGGAACUUUGCUAAAGCGUUUUUAUAUUCUUUGACAGUUCUGACGACUAUUGGUUAUGGAAGCGUGGCUCCAAAAACAGCUCUUGGAAAAGCAGUCACAAUCGGAUACGCCGUUAUAGGAAUACCUUUGACACUUCUAUAUUUAUCUGUAGUAGGUGCACUUCUCUCAAGACUCGCUAGAAGCGUUUUCAGUAGGGCUUUAUGUUGUUGUUGUUUAAAAUGCGGUUACUGCUGCUUGGAUGAACAAACGAUGGCAGUUAAAGAAAGAAAAGAAAAAGUUAGGCGUCAAGACGAUUACAGAGCUCAAACACUACAUCUACAAGAACCAUAUUACGUACGAUCACCAUCAGGGACUAUUAUUUCAGCAUCCCAAGCAAAUAGUCUCAGUACAAAUUCUAUAAAAGAUAAACCAAAUUUAAACUUUUUACGCGACUGCGAUUCAAUGAGCUGUGCCGACACCGAUUCCAAGGUUUCAAUUCGAGGCUUAUCGAUUCUUGCACCUAUUUCUUUAUGUCUGGCUGCUAUUUUCACUUACAUAUUUUUUGGUGCUUUAAUUCUGUAUCAAAUGGAAGGUUGGAGCCCAAUUGAUGGAAUAUAUUUUUGUUUCAUGAGUCUUAGCACAAUUGGUUUCGGACACUUAGCGCCAGGUUUAACCCAAAAGAACGCCGCAUCCACUGGUACCGUUUGGUUUUGUUCACUUUACAUCAUAACUGGAUUGGCACUGACUGCAAUGUGCUUUAACGUACUGCACGAUGAGAUCGUUCACCGACUACGGCACCAUGAUAAGAUCUUGAAAGGCAACGCUCAAAAGAUUCUGACACCAGAAUUUCUUCAAAGGUCUUGA